CCCUCGUUUCUUUUCUUUUAUAUAUGCCAAACCUCAUAAAGCCUCUUUUGCAACAAACCAACACAUACUUGUACCGCUAUAUAGUUCACAAGGCGGCAUCAAAAAAGUCCAUAAUUUUCAAUUGAAGAUGUUUAGCCAAGAAGGAAAGUUUCCUUGCAAAUGAUUGAAAAAACAUUAGAUUCUUUGCAAAAGUAAGUAAAAGGGGGUCCUAUCUGUUGAUAUUUCUUUGAUCGCUUUUUGGAAUACGGAAGGUUUUCAUCAACAAAAGAGAGAGAAAAAAAUGGAGAUCGAAUUGGUGAAGUGUGAUUGUUGUGGACUGAAGGAAGAUUGCACUCAAGAUUACAUUAGUGAGGUGAAGGCAAAUUUUGAUGGUAAAUGGCUAUGUGGGCUGUGCUCAGAAGCUGUGAGAGAUGAAGUUAACAGAGGGAAGAAGCAAUCUGGAAUGGAUGAAGCUGUGAAGGCUCAUAUGGCCUUUUGUAGGAAGUACAAAUCCAAUCCUGCAAUCAGAGUUGCUGAUGGGAUGAGGCAGAUGCUAAGGAGAAGAUCAGGUGAUUUAUCAUCAUCAUCAUCUUCUUCUUCUUCUAAGAAGUACUCGAGAUCAUCAAGUACGUCCCAAGUGGGAGAUGAUUCAUCGUUCUCUUGUUACUAGCUGCUUAGAUUAAAAGAAAAAUUGGCCCCAACUUCUGUUGGAACAAGGGAUAAAAACCUUUUUAUGGCCAAUUCCUAGUUACGCUACUUGUUUUGUACAGAGGAUGUUAUCAAUUUCAAUG